UGCUGUGUCAUGUGACACCAUUAGCUGAGAUGCUGUUUCAUUUCCGAGUGUCCCAGCAACAGGGUCCGGAAAAAUUUGUUACUAGGUUAUUAAUAAGUGACCCACAUCACUGACAUUAAUUCUCCCGAGUGAAAAAGUGAUACUGGUUACAACUGUAGCACAAUGCUCUCGCAAACGUAACAAGCUACUACUCUUUUAAGAUCUGUUUACAGUCUGGGGACAGGCCUUUGUAGCCUGCUAGCAUCAAGAAGUGUGGAGUUGUACGAGCGCGCGGUUUAGAUGUAGGAAAACAAACAGGACUUCUUGUCCAUUGUGGUGGAUCCAAAACAUGAUAUAUUAGAGCGAAGCGACUGACGCGAAGUCCAAAUUGUAAUGUUACAUUGUGGAGGGGCACAGAACCAUACGGAUGCUGUGUGGUGAAUCCCACCUUGACAACCUGACACGACUGUCAGAAUGAACGGCGCUCAGCAAAAUGACCUGAAAAGACAACACUUGUUGGAGAGGCUGCUUGACGCAGUUAAACAGUGCCAAAUCCGCUUUGGGGGGAGAAAGGAGAUCGCCUCGGACUCAGACAGCAGGGUGAUAUGCCUGUGUGCCCAGUUUGAGGCUGUGCUUCAGCAUGGUUUAAGGAAGAGUCGUGGUUUGGCUCUCACUGCAGCUGCCAUCAAGCAAGCAGCUGGUUUCACAAGCAAAGUAGAAGCAGGCUACCUUUGGUCUUCCAACUGCACCAAGUUGACCUUCUGGUUCUAUGUGAAGGACCACUUGAACCGGCACGAGCUGCAGCGCUUCUACUCCCUGCGCCACAUCACCUCAGAGCAGGGCCGCGGACGAGCCUGGCUGCGCGCCGCGCUCAACGAGCACUCGCUCGAGCGCUACCUGCACACUGUACUGGCCGACCGCACCCGUCUCAGUGCCUUUUAUGAAGACUGGGCUUUUGUUUUGGAUGAGGAGAGAGCCAGCAUGCUGCCCACCAUGGCUGCUGGUCUAAACUCCAUCCUCUUCGCCAUUAACAUCGACAACACCGAUCUGAACGGUCAGGGCCGUGGUGGUCCUGGGGUGGCCAGUGGGGGCAGCGCCACCGUGUCCCACCUACUGAAGGAGUCCACGCAGGGCAUGAGCACCCUGUGGAAGGAGUCCACGCAGGGGGUCAGCAGCCUGCUGCGAGAGAUCGGCUCGGCCACCGCCGUUGUGCCGGGCUUCACCCCGCGGCCGGAGGGCGCCUCCGACCCGCUGCCUGUGAUACCCCGCAGCACCUCCGCAGACUCCGGCCUGGCCAGGAAGGAACGCCGGAGGAAGAAGAAGAUCACCAACAUCAUCUCCUUCGACGACGACGACCCCGACGGAGAAGAGCCCUACGAGGGCAUCCGGAGCCCCAGGAAGGGCCUGGCGGUGACCGCCGCGGAAGUGACGGGGACGCCCACGCCGGCAGUCCCAGUCCCGGUGGGCCAGGGCCAGGGCAGCCCGGAGGAGGACCCCGACCCUGCGGAGCCGCUGGAGGCCCAGGAGGCUCUGGAUCCCUCGCCCUCCGAGAACGGGCUGCUGGAGGGCGGCAUCGUGAGCUGGGCCACCACCCCGCCCCCCCACAACGGAGCGCCGCUGGACACCAAGAGCAUCGACAACGAGGAGGACGAGGACGAGGAUGUGUACGGGAAAGGAAGGGCGGUGCCACAGGAGGAGUCUGGGAGCGCAGAGCAGAUGGUGGUGGGUAGCUUGUCGAGUGUUUCCACGUGGAGCCCCAGACAGAUCCUGACGGACAAUGACAAUGACAGCACAGACAUCCUCAUCCCACUGGCUCCCUCGGAUGUCUACACGCAGCCAGUCAGUUCAGUGGAGACAGUGGGCUUUGGGGCAUACAGCACAGGCUUGGCGUCUGACGUGGAGAAGCCCUCAUCCCAGCUGCAGUUCAACAUGGAGCCCAGUCCCCCAGUGGCGACCGCACCUGUUAGCAGCAUGCUGCCCACCCCAGGCCUUCCCGAGUCCAUGACUGUUGUUGAGUUACGGCAAGCCAUAGUGGCCAUGAUGAACCGGAAGGAUGAGCUCUCCGAACAGAACACGUCGCUGCGCAGUCUGUUGGAUGGGGAGAUGGAGCACUCUGCUGGUCUCAGACAGGAGGUUGACACCCUGAAGAACAAACUGGCCGAGCUCGAGGAGAGACACGCAGCCAAAGUGCAGGCCUUGGGCAGGGAGAACGAGGUCCUCAAGGUCCAGCUGAAGAAGUAUGUGGGGGCGGUCCAAAUGCUGAAGAGGGAGGGUAACCAAGGCAACGACGCUCUCCCCAUCAUGCGCAACUGUGAACCACCCCCACCGGCACCGACCUACCGGGCGACAGGAGACGUGGAGGAGUUGUCUGCCAACUAUGAGCGUAAGCUCAUUGAGGUGGCGGAGAUGCAUGGCGAGCUGAUUGAGUUUAAUGAGAGGCUGUAUCGCUCGCUCAUGGCCAAAGACCACCUGAUCACCCAGAUGAGACAGGAGCUCAUUGACCUCCGUGGACCGAUGCCUGGGGACUUGAGUCAGACGUCUGAUGACCCAAGCCUGUCAGACUUUGAGACAACCAACCGAGCUCUGGUGAACGUGUGGAUCCCCUCCGUAUUUCUGCAGGGGCGUGCUGCCAAUGCGUAUCAUGUGUACCAGGUGUACAUCAGGAUCCUGGACAACGAGUGGAACGUCUACCGGCGCUACACGGAGUUCCGUGAGCUGCACAACUAUCUCCGAACGCAGUUUCCCCAGGUGGACACCUUCAACUUCCCUCCCAAGAAAGCCAUAGGAAACAAGGAUGCCAAGUUUGUGGAGGAGCGGAGGAAGCAGCUGCAAACGUACCUGCGCAUGGUGAUGAACAAACUGGUGCAGACACUGCCGGAGUUCACGGCCCAGCCCACCAAGGAGGCACUGCUGAGGCUGCUGCCAUUCUGCCAGGAUACCCCUAAGUCGACCGACAGCGGGUCCAAGACGGCUCGCUCCAAAGCCUCGUCACGCUUCCCUCGACUGGGACGCAACCAGAACCGGGAGUCCCGCAACCCGGAGCCCCAGAGCGGUGACCUCUAAACCCCUCUGCCACAGGAGGUCAACUCUGGGUCUGACUGCCGCUGAACUCUCACCUUUGACCUCUGGUUCACAAACUUAUAAGACUUGUGUCGAAGCAGGGAAAGGAACUUCACAUUCUUAACAUGGAACCUUCUCAGAUGGUUCUGAACUGGCAGUGUUUGCCUCCUUUUCUAUCUUGGAUGUAUACAAACUUACACACGCACACGAUGCUCACAAACACACACACACACACACACGCUCAUAACACAGACACACACAUUUAAAGGCGUAUUGUACAUUCUAUCACAAGUGGAUACUAGCUGGGUCUAGAACUGCCAUCAAAAAUGGAGGUUUUACUUCUUUUUUAAGUUUUGUGGUGGAAACUUAUCAGUUAUGGUGCCUAGUCAUUUUUUACAGCCAAUGUUUAGCUCUCUUUGUUGAGAAAGGGGAAAGGGCAGAGCAGUAUCCAUUUUACUGUACCAGACUAACCUUAUCUUAUCUCAAUCAUGACCGUGGCUUACGCCCCAUUCUCCAUUCUCAACGACCAAGGCCGAGGACAUUCAUCUUUUUUAAAACAUGUUAUCCAACCACACGGCAUGUUCAGCAUAGUAAACCAAGAAUCAUUACUCAGUCGUGUCUACAGACCAUGUCCGAGGGGAGAUGAAAAACCCACAUACUGCACAUACUGCCUGCGCUCUAUACAGAUCAUUAUGAUUGUUUAAAUAUAUGUAAACGAAAACAAUAUAUUGGACAGACAGGACCUAAUUCAUUGUAUGUGAAUGUCAGCCAUUGGAAAACACUUGAACAUACUGGAAAAAAAGUGCAGUUUGUGUGCAUUGCCACUGAGUUGUCAAACAAAAAAAAGACAUUUUUUGAGGCAAGUGGUUCAUUACUAGAGGAUGAUGGAUAUGGAGACUGGGGUCCUUGGAGCCAGUUGCUGUGUGAAUGAGAGUGCUGUUAUCAGAUCAUGCUUCUAUUCACAUGGUAAAGGCAAAAGAAAGCCCAGAAUUGACUGCAGUUCACUUCUUGCAAUGUGAAAUGCAUUUGGACUACAAGGAGCCACUGGAGGCUAAGUGGAGCUGAGGCUGGGCAUUGCGGUGAGCCCUGUAGGGGCUCUCAUACACCAUCAAUAGAGGAAGCUGCUUGAAACAUCACUCCACUGGCCCGACUCCAUCUCAGCCUCAGUUUCAAGCACAACAUCCGUAUCUGAAGGGAACUCGACCAAAGCCCAUUUCCAAUCGCUCUCUCUCUCUUUAUGACAAGUGGCACCACUUUACUGUUGCUCUCUACAUAACCUUGUUAUGAGAAAUAAAGGGACAGUCAUAUGCCAUGCUUUAGAGACAUCAGCCAGUCUCUUACAGGCCUGUUCCAUGGGUUUUGGGAGAUGGGGGGGGGGGGGGGGGUCUGAUUGACUGUCUCUCAUUACUCAGCAUCCCUCUCUCUCCCUGACUCCCUCUCUCUAUCUCUUUAUAUCUAUCUCUCUCUCUCUUUCUCUCUCUAUCUAUGUCUUUCUCUCUCACCCUCUUAUUACAGUGUCACCAGUGUCACCACUCAUAUUCUACCACUAUAAAUGCCAGACAGGGGAGAGAGCCAGAAACACUUACCUUAUGUCUGGUCUCAGGCACUGUGGUCCAGCUCUAAUGGCUCAACAACAACUUGUCCCCUCUACUCCCCAUAAUCUGUCCUGUUGUAUGUUGACACUGGUGCUCAGGUAAGAUGGGAGAGAAUGCAAGGACACCAUCUUGGGACUCUUCAGACUGAGACUGAGGCUGUGAGCGAGCACUUCCCAGGUAGCCAGCCUGCGCAAUCGCAGGUGACAGCUGCCCUUGCCUUGGCAUGACAGCCUGCCUUAAUAGAACAGAUCAAUAAAGAUAGGCAAUUGAAAACCUC